AUGUUCUCUCGCAUCUUUGGUGCUUUCAAACCUUUGCCUCCUCCGACGAUCGUAGGCCCUGCCACUCAGCCGACCACUUCUUUUGCCAUCGCUGCUCAAUCGGCCAGAAGCAUGUCUACCAACGGGAACGCCGUCGAGAAAGGUACCUUUGCCAGCGGGUGCUUCUGGGGUACUGAACAGUGAGUGGGGACUGCAUGCACGACCAUUUCGCCAACUUGACUGUAUGCUGAAUGGCCCAUCUCCACGCAAUUUUGCGGUGCAGCAUCUUCGUAAGUGUAGACCUGAGCUCCAAUCACGGCUGUGCGCUUGGCUGACCUCCUUGCCUACAUCGCCAUUCUUCGCCACUCUUCAAUUACAGCGGGAGCACUACAAAGGCAAAGGGCUGAUCGAUGCCAAGGUCGGUUUCAUUGGUGGCAAAGAGUCUUCAAAGAACCCAAGCUACGAGGAAGUGUGCACUGGCCGGACGGGUCAUGCAGAAGCAGCGCAAGUGACUUUUGAUCCCCGCAAGGUAUCCUACGCCGAGCUCGUCGAAUUCUUCUAUCGCACGCACGACCCCACGCAGCUCAACGCUCAAGGCAACGACAGAGGCACUCAGUACAGGAGCGCCAUCUUUGCUCAUUCUCCCGAGCAACUGGAGGCGAUCAAAAAGGUGACGAACGAAGUGCAGGAAAAGCACUUUACGCCAAAGGGAAAGAAGAUUGUCACGCAGGUCGAGGAGAGGCCAGCUGGUGACUUUUUCGAGGCCGACGAGCAUCAUCAAGAGUACUUGCACAAGAACCCUUGGGGUAAGUAGUGGCACGUCGGCUCAAUGUUUUGAGCAUCGAGAGGGGGGCAGAGACGCUGACUCGCAUCCUGGCUCCUGUCUCUGGUAGGCUACCAAUGUGGCACGCACCGCUUGUGGUGGUGA